AUGAAUUCUGCUUCGGUGUUUUCCACUGGUUCUUCAGGUUCUGCUCAACAGCAGCAGCAGCAGCAGCAGCAGCAGCAGCAGCAACAGCAGCAACAGCAGCAACAACAACAACAACAACAGCAGCAGCACCAUUUCAAUAUUUCUACAACCACUUUUGCCAGUAACAACCCAUUCAUUGCUCUUUCUUCAAAACCCUCUUCUCCAGUCCCAGGCUCUCCAGUCAUUGGGUCGCCGUUGUCACCUCCAUCGCCGCUUGCAGAGUCGCCUGUUUUUGGGUCUCCUUUGAACUCUCCAGACUUUCUCGCAGCUGGCGUCAUUACUCAGCACAACAGUUUUAACGACCCACCGAGUCCCAGCGCUGCUGCGGCCACAGCUUCUGCCUCUACUGGUUUAUUUUCUCAAGAUGAACAGCAGCAGCAACAGCAGGGUACAGCUUCCUUGCAAGGACCAUUGCUUACACCUCGUCAACAGUAUCAAGCCUCGAGAAAACAAAACUACUCGCAUGCAGACAUUUCGCGCAUUAGUGAGACCACUGCAACUGCACACUUGGCUGCACCGCAGAGCUCUUUGAGUACUCAGCAGCAGCAACAGCAACAGCAACAGCAGCAACAACAGCAACAGCAGUACUUUCCAAAACAGUCUCCAAUUUUCAGACAACCAGUUUAUACUGCAGAUCCUGUGGAACCAUUUGUAAAGGAAGACCGAUCGACUACUCUACCGUCAUUCUCUCAACAACAACAGCAACAACAGCAGCAGCAACAGCAACAACAACAGCCUCGGCAUCAUAGUGUGGCAGUUCCAAGUCAUACAUUUUUGUCAUCAUCAUCAUCUUCGUCGUCGUCCUCUUCUCAUUUCCCUCAAAAACUUAAAAACUUUUUCAAGUUUUCUUCGUUAUCCUCCUCUUCAUCCUCAAUAGCCAACCAUUCGUCUACAAAUCUCCACGAUAACACCACUGGACCUAAUAACAAUACCCAGGUACAACAACAACUACAACAACAACAACAACCGCCUCAACAACAACAGCAGCAAUUGCCUUUACCUUCCUCGAAUAACCAUCAUCAACGACGCCGGUCUUCAAACAAUGGCCUCAAGAGUGCUCCACUUUCUCCCAAUAUCCCACCCAUCUAUGCCGAGGCUCCACCACCGCUUCACGCCGAUUUCCCAGAUGCAGACCAACAACAACAGUCACCAGCCACAUCGGCCCAUUCUCCUUUUGGCCAUAGCAACAGCUCGGGCCCUAGCAAGGCUUCAUCUCCCUCCGCUGACGUCACAAGCUUCCCACAAUCUUCCACAGAUACCACCCCUUUGGUCUCGCCCAUGGCUCCAUCUUCAGGUUCCCCAUUGCCCUUCUUCCCUCCAGUCCAGCAACAACAGAACAAGCAUUCCCAAUCAAGCUCUUCAUUGUCUCUUCGUACCCGUAAACUUUUGCGUCUUCGCUCUCCUUCAAGUCCUGCGGCUGUUCCAGAAACUUUGAUUCAUGAAAAUACUCGUGGUGCUACACAAUCCCAAGCACAUUCACCAGCUCCUCAAUCAUCGUCUUCCUCGACCCCUUCGCCUAUUACUGGUCCUACAAAUGAGCCUCUAUCUCCUUCUUUGGUUACUCAACCGGCUUCAUUGGGUGCGCCUGGCAGUAGUGGCAAUUCUGCCCCUUCAGAAAAUGGUUACCACGCAACAACAACUACAGUAGCUGCAACAGCGGCUUACACCGGCACAGGGAUAUUUCACGCAUUUCAACACUCUAAACCCUCGAGACCUAAUAGCGCCGCCGAACAACAACCACUUUUCGAGGAAAAAUCUACAAACUCUCCAACUCCUUUUGAUGAAACCGCUGAGACUCCUGAAAAUUAUCUCCCACCUCCUCCCAAGGGCCUCUUUUCUCGCCAGAUUCGUCGCGUCGCUUCUGCCCCCAAUGGAAUUAAAAAUAUGCUCACUGGCACUCCAGCCACAGCUUCUUCUUCCUUUUCUCCUUCUUCUCAAACUACUACUCCAAGUGUUAACAACACUAGCACAGCCUCAAGCUCGGCUACAGCUACUAUCCCCAAUUCUCCUGUAAAUACUGGUACUCACACACCUACUGGAUCUGGGUCUGUAACUCCUAUCAAUCGUGCACGUUCGUCUUCUGUCGAUCCUACAACCCCUGAUAUUCUUGUUGGAAUUAGUGAAGUUGACAUUACUGACCAAGCAGGGAAACUACCUCAAACUCCCAUUAAUGAAACUGUCAUUUUGGAAAGCCAAGUUUAUGUCCAGGGUGUCAAUGUGCCCCACUCAAAGUCUGCAAGCAACAUUUCCUCUGCUCACCAAACACCUAUCUCCACACCUAUUCGUUCUCGCGCAAACUCAAAGACAUACUCGCGUAACUACUCUAGUAGUUCCAUCAAAGUCCGCAGUGUUGAGGUUGGGCCUGGAAACUUUGAAAAAAUUAAGCUCCUUGGCCAGGGUGAUGUUGGAAAGGUCUAUCUUGUGCGUGAAGUCAAAACCAAUAAGCUUUAUGCCAUGAAAGUUCUUAGCAAGAAGGAAAUGAUUAAACGCAAGAAAAUUAAACGUGUACUUGCCGAGCAAGACAUUUUGGCUCGUGCAAACCACCCUUUCAUUGUCACACUCCACCACUCAUUCCAGUCUGAAAACUACCUCUACUUGUGCAUGGAAUACUGUAUGGGUGGUGAGUUUUUCCGUGCUCUUCAGGCACGCCAACACAAGAGCAUUUGCGAAAAUGAUGCUCGUUUUUACGCAGCUGAAGUCACUGCUGCUCUUGAAUACCUCCAUCUCAUGGGUUUCAUUUAUCGAGACUUAAAACCUGAAAAUAUCCUUCUCCACCAGUCGGGCCAUAUUAUGCUUUCGGAUUUUGAUCUUUCAAAACAAUCUGACAAUAUUGCAGCCCCUACCAUUGUCAACUCAAGUAAGAGCGGCUCUUCGUUUUCAAACUCAUUGGCCAUUGAUACCAAAGCAUGCAUUGCAGAUUUCAGAACAAACUCAUUUGUCGGAACUGAGGAGUACAUUGCCCCUGAAGUCAUUCGUGGUAAUGGCCACACUAGUGCUGUGGACUGGUGGACACUUGGCAUUCUUCUUUACGAGAUGCUCUAUGGUGUGACUCCAUUUAAGGGCGCCAACCGUAAUGUUACAUUUGCUAAGAUUCUUAAGCAAGAUGUUGUGUUCCUCGAUGGAAACGGAUACCAGUCCAUUAGCAGCAAUUGUAAGUCUAUCAUUCGCAAGCUACUCAUCAAGGAUGAAAACAAGCGACUGGGCUCUAAAGCUGGUGCAUCUGACGUUAAGGCCCACCCGUUUUUUAAGAAUACCCAAUGGGCACUGCUUCGCAACCAAACACCACCCAUUAUCCCUCAAAUCUCUCGAAACCAUCACCAGGAACACAAUGGUGAGUCUGCUGCCGCUGGAUCGUCUCAUAAUGACAAUGGUAAUGGCAAUGAUGCUGAUGAUGAUGGGCUUAACGGUAGCGCCUAUCUCGAUGGAAAUAACGGCCGCUUGAACAACCAAUAUAGCUGCGGUGUUACUGGCGAGGACGACCCCUUCUCUAAUUUCAAUUCCAUUACGCUGCAUCAUGAUGGCGUUGACGAUGACGAGGAGUACUACUCAAGUGACAUGCAGGAAAAUGGACCACCGGAAAUCGAGUACCCACUACAUGAAGGUGCCCCGCCACCUACGCAUCCAAACCAUGGGCUCAUGGCAUCGUUGCACCCACAUCAUGCUGAUGCCAAUGGUAGCUCUGGAAGUAAUCACACUAACGGGUCUGCUGGAACUAGUGCUGCAUCCUCUCGACAUAAUUCUGCAGGUGGUCAAGGUGGAUCUACUGGUAGCAGUCAUUACUACAAACAUUUUGGAAUUAAAAGAUGA